AUGAAAUAUCAGAUUAUAUUGAUUGCACUUUCAUUGGGCAGUUGCUGUUCCAGCAAAUUGCAUUCUAAUCCUUUGAAUUCUGAUGAAGUUGAAUAUGAUGGGAAUAGAGAGCCGAGCUUAGAAGAAACUUGGGGAGCAUUAUGGCCAUUUCAAGGAGUCAAUACUUUUGCUCAUUUGGACCAUGCAAAAUGCUUGAUAGAAAAAGAUGAGACUUAUGAUAUUGGGAUAAUUGGAGUUCCCUUUGAUACUGCUUCUUCUUACAGACCUGGAUCCAGGUUUGGACCCAGAGCCAUUAGAGCUGCAUCUCAAAGACAAACAUCAUUAAGGGGAUACAAUCAAAAAGCAGGUAUAAAUCCGUACCAGAAUUGGGCCAAAAUCAUAGAUUGCGAUGAUAUCCCAGUGACUCCUAUGGAUAAUUCACUUGCCUUCAAGCAAAUGAACUUGGCUUUUGACCAAUUGAUAUCUAAACGGAAAUCCAAUGCCACUAAUGCACAUCCUAGAUAUGUGGCGUUAGGAGGGGAUCACUCCGUCCUUUUGCCCCAUUUAAGAGCAUUGCACAAAAUCUAUGGUCCUUUAAACGUAAUUCAUUUUGAUGCACAUCUUGAUACAUGGAAGCCAGAUAAGUACCCUUCAUUUUGGCACUCAGAUCAAUCUGAAUUGAACCAUGGCUCGAUGCUAUGGAAGGCACAUGAGGAGGGAUUGCUUACGACUCAUAACAUACACGCUGGUCUUAGAACAAAGCUUUCUGGUAAUGAAGAUUAUCUCGACGAUGAUGAACAGAAUUUUACAAGGAUAUAUGCGGACGACGUAUGGAUAAAGGGAGUUGACUAUGUUAUUAAGAAGAUUUUGGAUUCUGUACCAGCUGAUACUCCAACUUAUCUCUCUGUAGACAUUGAUGUUUUAGAUCCCGGAUUUGGUAGUGGAACUGGAACACAAGAACCUGGUGGAUGGCUACCAAGGGAAUUAAUUUAUGUAUUGAGGCAUAUUGAUGGUUUAAGUAUUGUUGGUGCUGAUGUUGUUGAGGUAUCACCUGCUUUUGACAAUGCAGAGAUAACCUCUACAAACGGAGCGCAAGUUGCUUUUGAGAUUAUUACAAGCAUGGUGAAAAAAGGUAAGCUUGACCACCUUGCUCGUGGGAUUCAAGCAAAAGACCUCAUUACCAUUAAAGAGACUAAAAAGUCACUGAAAGAAGUUUCGGAAGAUGAAACUGGUGAUAAGCAACUUCAUAAAAAACUAUUAGAAAAUUUAGAAGAAGUAGAAAGGCUCAAGUUGAAGUUGUUAAACCAGCUCCAGCAAUUCGGAGACAAUAAGAUUAUCAUUUAG